AUGAGCAUAAUCCCAAACGUUCUUCAAAAGCACAGUGCUACAUCUUAUGGUUAUUUAGCAACUCGAGGUGUGGCUACAUGUAUAGUAGUUAUUGUGACAUUUGUCAAUUCUACGAUGAUUUUUAUUGAGCAUAUUAGUGCUGAUGAUUUGUUCAGGGAUAUGCCGACUAUCAAUGAUACACAACGACGACUGGAACUUAUAGUUCGUCAUAUUUUCCAACGAGCCGGUUCAACUGCCAUCAUCCGGUCUGUUCUAUUGUUGGGUGGUGUUGUCGGGUCUUCAUAUGAAGCUCUUGAAUUGAUCAUCAAUACUUUAUGCCAUAAACGAGCGACAAUCCAUGCCAUUACAAGUCGUGCUACAGAUAAUCAACUUCGAAAUUUUCUUGAUGCAAUUGUUCUUACUCAUCUACAAUUAAAUCCAGAAACAUUAUUUAUAGGUGAUAUAGAACAAGUUGCAUAUCAUGUGUCAAUUGUAGUUACCAUCGAUGAUCCUGAUAAUUCUGGAUGUUUGAUGAUUUAUCAAAUAAGAGAGAUUAAUUGCUGCGAUUCAGACUUACUGCACAUGGUCAUUCUGGAUGCAAGAUCAGGCGAGGUGUUGGUUUCUGAUCAACGAUCGAUUUUAAAUGAGUCUUGGUCUUUCUGUCCUAAUCCAAUAUCCAACCACCAUCGACUACUGGUGACAAAAAUGGCGGUAUUAAUGGGUAUUGUGGAAAAAAUGAAGCCUAUUUCUCAAGAUGAAUCUUCUGAUGAGGUUGACAUGGACGAUAGCAUAUCGAACGAUGAAGAAGACGAUAUUUAA